UCAUUGCUCUUCGUGUAAGAAAAUUACUAAGGCUCAAGAAUAUAUGGCUGAGGAUUACUUAAAGGAGAGGGGAAGUAAGAAAAAAGAAGAAAAGUUUACUUGUAUUAAAUGUGAAGUAAUUUAUAAAGAAGAAUAUUUAGGUGGCGAAACCAAAGAUGAACUAAGGGAAUUAUUAUUAAGUGCUAAAAAAAAGGCUGAUAAAAUGCCAAAAGAAAAAGGUAGUUUUCGUUUAGAAGAAUAUUUCGAACAUUUAAUUAAUGCUUCUUAUCGUAUUUAUCAAGAAAAGUUAAUUAAGGAGAACGGAGAUAUUUAUCCUCUUCGUUCUACUAUUAUUAAGUUUGAUGGGUUUCGAUUAAGUUAUAACUGGUAUGGACGAACUUUAUUAGGACUAGAAAAAGUUGGUGAUUUGGAAAUUUACACCAAAGAAAUUCACCUUAAUAUCUUAUUUGCAUAUUAUCUAACGGGGAUAAAAACUGAUGUUCCUGAUUUUGAAAAGCACUUUGGAUUUCGUAAACUGAUUAAUACUAUAGCCCACGAGUUGUCUCAUUGUUUAUUGGCUAAUUUCAACCUUUUUUUCGGCUACAACCAUGGUGAAGAACAUAGAAAAUUGACCAAGGAUGUAGAAACCUUUUUAUGA